AACAGAAAACACGCACACGACAAAGCGAGAAGUGAAAAUGACCUGCAAAAGUCCAAUGUUAUGUGACGACGGUUGUCUGGCGGAAGUGAGUCAAGUGAAUGAGGGCUCGCGACUCGAAUAAUUGGAAGGUCCGAUAAACAAUUCUCCCACCACAUCACAACCAUUUCUUCACUUCGAGAUCCAAUUGUCCGAAGAGAUCAUAGCCAGGAGAGGACGCGCGGAUAAGCCGAAAACACCAAUUGCUCCGCGCCUGGUUCGCAACAACAACAUCAGCUCACCCUUACCACUCCACAACACCGUGGAAAAGAUGGAGUCACCUGCCGAAGAGACCGACAACAAGCUCAGACCCGAGGUCGAGGACCUUGCCGACAUGUGGAACAUGUACAUGGGCCGCGAACUCAAUAUCAUCGGCACUUUGAACGCCUGUCAGUCCAACUACGACGACACUACCUUCUGGCAGCGCGAUGAUCAGAACAGCUAUCACAACUUCCAGCUCGACGAUCGCGCUGCCUGCCUAGUCGCCCGCAACAACACCAUCACCGGCGCUACCGCCAACAACGUCGUCUGCAACACCGCCGAAGAGAUCGACGCUGAGCAGCACAUUGCCUUCAACAAGCUCCACGCCUACAUCUCGACCAAGUUCAGUAAGGAGACCGUUCAGGGUGCUCAGCGCCAGAAGGCUGCUCGUGGUGGCGCUGCCACUCGUAAGGUCAACAAGGCCAAGCGUCACGAGGAGCAUGUGCUCUUGAUCGUCCAUGAGCUUGCUGCUCUCAGAGACUACGAAGGCAAGCGUGAGGAGAAUUACUUCAUGCGCUACGACAGAGUCAUUGACGAGGUCAUGUUCGCUGCUAACGUCAAGAUCUCUCCCGAACGCCCUCUUCUCAAGCCCGAGCGCAAGGCUGUCUAAAAAGCACUCUCCAAGAUGCGAGAGUCGGAGUAUGAGUCUUCUUCUCUGAAUCUAGGGUUUCUGACAGACAGAAGUUCGCCGUCAUCGACUUCGGCCGAACAGAUCACUCUCAACUACAUUCAGGGGGGAGUACACAGUUAAGGCGAUGAGGACAAAGUCAAAUUCUGCUUGCAAUCAUCAGAAAGAGUGCACGAAUUCGACGAGAAUCAAAUCAGCAAAGUGAACGGUCAAGUCACGGGUAGAUCAAAUUCAGUCAUCGAGACUCACUUUCACAAAAUCGUCAAUGACUUU